AGAUUCCGAGGGGGUGACAAUGAGCAUGAAGGCCUCCCUGGUGUUCGCACGCAACCAAGGAUCUCCUGAGGUCAGGGACUUGACUUUCAGCACGGUCAUGCGCGGGUCCACAGGAGAGACAGGGAUCAAGGUUGUCCGGGACCCCAAGACGGGCCUGUGGAUGAUUUCGUACAUCUCAGAAUCGGGCCCAGUGGCUUUCUACGACUCUGUGUCAUCGGGAGAUUACCUGUUCGAGGUCGAUUUCAUCCACACCGCCGGACUCGACCAGACAGGGGUCGAGCAGUUGCUGCGCGGCCCUCCCUUUUCCCAAGUGGUUCUGGGUGUAAAGAGCUCACUAGCUAGGACGAGCGCCCCUUCGGAGAGGGACGCCCUCUCUGACAAGGACACAGCGAUCAGCACUACCAAGCAGGCCGUUCCAGAGAAAACUGGGUAUGUCAUCUCUGAAGCGACCAAGGUGGAAGCCCCGCCGGAGGUCAAUGAAUCAUUGUUCGACGUUAUGUCCUGGUCAACAGACGAUGUUUGCAUCUGGUUGAAGAAGCGGGGAUUCGAAGAUGAGGAAGAGGCCUUCCAAGCCAAUGACGUCGACGGCCGGAUUCUGCUCCGGAUUUGCGAGCAUGACUUGUUCAGCAUCGGUGUGCAUGCUGUUGGCACUCGGGUCAGGCUGGGAAAGGAGAUCGAGCAGCUAAAGCGAAUCGCAUGCAAGCCGAGGACCAGGGAGCUGCGAGUUCUGAACUAUCCCCAGAAGUUGUUAGGGAUGUUCACCUUGUCAUGGACAAGAACGAUCGAGCUGGUUGAAAUAGAAGAAGCAAAGCUCAUCACUAAGUCCUCUUCCAAGGUCGAGUGGACCAUGGUCAACACACAGAUAGCGGUUGUCUCCGCCGUUGCCUUCAUCUUUGCCUGGAACAUGUUUUAUCACGCCUCCUACAGUUGCUUCUGCGAUCCCUCGGGGAUCGACUGCUGGUGCUUGCAAGGUUUCGACAUGCAGAAUAAGGAGACAGGGUCAAUCCUCUACUGCUUCUCAGCUGUCGCCGCCUUCUGCUUCAUGUGGGCAGCUCUGCUCGCCGUUCUCCACAUCAUGAUCAUCAACGAGAUGAGCGACAAGCUCGAGGUCCAGUACAUGGUCGCCAUCUGCUCCAUGAAGCUCUCCAAGGAUGUUCCUGGGAUCUUCCUCGUCCUGGGCGCCGCUUUCCUCAACGUUCCCAUCUUCACCUACGGCAUCUUCAACGAAUGGUUCGGCUUGCGUUUCAUCCUCACCAACUCCUCGGUCAUCGGGCAGUUCACUAGCGGCUUCUGCUACUUCGCGCUGAUCUGCGUCGGCCUGCUGCUACUUUGGGGAUACUACAACCGCGUCCCUCAUUUCGUCGGAGUUGUCUACCAGGCCAAAGUCGCCGCUUACCAGCAGGAUGUCGCGCAGAUGUCGAAGAGCAAGAGGCAAAAUAGGCAGACAUCGCAGUCUGAGGUCAUGAAGGAAACCGAAAUGUUUCGCGCUUCGGAGAUGAGGCCAAGCUCAGGGAGGAGUUCAGAGAAAGUCUUCGCAGCGUAGAGGUGAAUGAGGCAGGAAAAUGUGAUACUACCCGUGUCGUAAUAGACAAAACACUUGAUUGG